GCGAAGGGAAGUGUCCAAGGCUCGCAGUUCUCUCUCUCUCUGUGUGUCUGUGUCUGUCUGCUUUCUCUAACAGCUAUCCCUGGAUCUCCAGGUCCCCACAUUCAGACAAACCCAAGAUUGCUGUUCCAGCUUUACCUCAAACGCUUGAAGAGUUGGAUUGGAGCCAUCCCGAAGGAGCCCUGGAAAAAGAUGGAUUCAGGAUCUGGUGCCAUCAGCAGAGCCAUGCUCCUGUUCUGGCUGUGGGCUGGCGCUGGCUGUGCGAUGCAGCUCUGUGUGGAGAAGAUGCCGCAGGGAAAGGGCGCGGCGCGGUGCGGAGUCCAGCUGCUGUCCUCCAGCCCCGAGGUGCAGUGGUUCCGGGGGCCGCACAAGGUGCUGCCGGAUCAGUCCCACUCGCUGCUCUAUGGGGGCAGCGUCCUGCAGAUCGGCAUCAACAGCCCCGUCGCGGGCACCGUCUACACCGGCCGCCACUCGGGCUCGGGGGCCGAGGCUACUGUCGACAUCGGGCCGACCUGCGGCUUCACCGGCGUCUCCUGCCAAUCAGACAGUUCUUGUCAGCGUUACCAGACUGUGAAGUGUGUCCUAACUGGGCUGUUCCUGUCGCUUUGCCUCUCAGCUUUGGCCGUCACAUUCUAUCAUUGCAGAGAGCAAUCCAGUCCCGCUCUAAAGGAAUGGAAACCCAGAUCAGGCACAGAUGCGAUUUAUUCCGACUUGAAGGAGGUGACAUCUGAGGGCGACCAGGCCCAGCCUGGGGCCUCAGGCCAAGGGGUACAGGCCGAGCCAAGUGGCUCCUCAGAAGUGAUGGUGGAGGCCGAGGCCGGGCCUCGCCAAAGCCUGAAGGAACAGGCCGAGGCCGGGCCUCGCCGAAGCCUGAAGGAGCAGGCCGAGGCUGAGCCGCGCCGAAGCCUGAGGGUGCAGGCCAAGGUCGGGCCGGGUACGACCCAGGCAGAGAGGCAGGAAGCUCCUGUAUACACCAGCCUGACGAAACAACCGAAAGAAGCGGAAUACCAACUCCUCAGACCAGAGGGACAGGGAGGUGAAAGUGCAGUGACUUACUCAGCAGCUAGCGACGAGGUGACGGUUCAGGACCCGUGAGGCAACAAGCCAAGGUUGUGAGGUCGUGAAGGGAGGUGCUCAAAAGCUCAGCCAAACCCCACAAAAAAUCGAUUAUUCAAAAACCCAAUUCUCUCAAUAUCUCCCGGGGUAUCUGUUAUUCUGUAUAUAACCCACCCUGAACCCCUCGGUUAGAUUCCAGUCUGUAACUCCCUCCCGGGGUAUCUGUUAUUCUGUAUAUAACCCACCCUGAACCCCUCGAUUAGAUUCCAGUCUGUAACUCCCUCUUGGGGUAUCUGUUAUUCUGUAUAUAACCCACCCUGAACCCCUCGAUUAGAUUCCAGUCUGUAACUCCCUCUUGGGGUAUCUGUUAUUCUGUAUAUAACCCACCCUGAACCCCUCGGUUAGAUUCCAGUCUGUAACUCCCUCCCGGGGUAUCUGUUAUUCUGUAUAUAACCCACCCUGAACCCCUCGGUUAGAUUCCAGUCUGUAACUCCCUCCCGGGGUAUCUGUUAUUCUGUAUAUAACCCACCCUGAACACCUCGAUUGGAUUCUAGUCUGUAACUCCCUCCCGGGGUAUCUGUUAUUCUGUAUAUCACCCACCCUGAACACCUCGAUUGGAUUCUAGUCUGUAACUCCCUCCCGGUGUAUCUGUUAUUCUGUAUAUAACCCACCCUGAACCCCUCAGUUAGAUUCCAGUCUGUAACUCCCUCCCAGGGUAUCUGUUAUUCUGUAUAUAACCCACCCUGCACCCCUCGAUUAGAUUCCACUCUGUAACUCCCUCCCGGGGUAUCUGUUAUUCUGUAUAUAACCCACCCUGAACACCUCGAUUGGAUUCUAGUCUGUAACUCCCUCCCGGGGUAUCUGUUAUUCUGUAUAUAACCCACCCUGAACACCUCGAUUGGAUUCUAGUCUGUAACUCCCUCCCGGGGUAUCUGUUAUUCUGUAUAUCACCCACCCUGAACACCUCGAUUGGAUUCUAGUCUGUAACUCCCUCCCGGUGUAUCUGUUAUUCUGUAUAUAACCCACCCUGAACCCCUCAGUUAGAUUCCAGUCUGUAACUCCCUCCCGGGGUAUCUGUUAUUCUGUAUAUAACCCACCCUGAACCCCUCGAUUAGAUUCCAGUCUGUAACUCCCUCCCGGGGUAUCUGUUAUUCUGUAUAUAACCCACCCUGAACCCCUCGAUUGGAUUCUAGUCUGUAACUCCCUCCCGGGGUAUCUGUUAUUCUGUAUAUCACCCACCCUGAACCCCUCGAUUAGAUUCCAGUCUGUAACUCCCUCCCGGGGUAUCUGUUAUUCUGUAUAUAACCCACCCUGAACCCCUCGAUUAGAUUCCAGUCUGUAACUCCCUCUCGGGGUAUCUGUUAUUCUAUAUAUAACCCACCCUGAACCCCUCGAUUAGAUUCCAGUCUGUAACUCCCUCCCGGGGUAUCUGUUAUUCUGUGUAUAACCCACCCUGAACCCCUCGAUUAGAUUCCACUCUGUAACUCCCUCCCGGGGUAUCUGUUAUUCUGUAUAUAACCCACCCUGAACCCCUCGAUUAGAUUCCAGUCUGUAACUCCCUCCCGGGGUAUCUGUUAUUCUGUAUAUAACCCGCCCUGAACCCCUCGAUUAGAUUCCAGUCUGUAACUCCCUCUUGGGGUAUCUGUUAUUCUAUAUAUAACCCACCCUGAACCCCUCGAUUCGAUUCCAGUCUGUAACUCCCUCCCGGGGUAUCUGUUAUUCUGUAUAUAUCCCACCCUGAACCCCUCGGUUAGAUUCCAGUCUGUAACUCCCUCCCGGGGUAUCUGUUAUUCUGUAUAUAACCCACCCUGAACCCCUCGAUUAGAUUCCAGUCUGUAACUCCCUCCCGGGGUAUCUGUUAUUCUGUAUAUAACCCGCCCUGAACCCCUCGAUUAGAUUCCAGUCUGUAACUCCCUCCCGGGGAAUCUGUUAUUCUGUAUAUAACCCACCCUGAACCCCUCGAUUAGAUUCCAGUCUGUAACUCACUCCCAGGGUAUCUGUUAUUCUGUAUAUAACACACCCUGAACCCCUCCAUUAGAUUCCAGUCUGUAACUCCCUCCCGGGGUAUCUGUUAUUCUGUAUAUAACCCACCAUGAACCCCUCGAUUGGAUUCUAGUCUGUAACUCCCUCCCGGGGUAUCUGUUAUUCUGUAUUUCACCCACCCUGAACCCCUCGAGUAGAUUCCAGUCUGUAACUCCCUCCCGGGGUAUCUGUUAUUCUGUAUAUAACCCACCCUGAACCCCUCGAUUAGAUUCCAGUCUGUAACUCCCUCCCGGGGUAUCUGUUAUUCUGUAUAUAACCCACCAUGAACCCCUCGAUUAGAUUCCAGUCUGUAACUCCCUCCCGGGGUAUCUGUUAUUCUGUAUAUAACCCACCAUGAACCCCUCGAUUAGAUUCCAGUCUGUAACUCCCUCCCGGGGUAUCUGUUAUUCUGUAUAUAACCCACCCUGAACCCCUCUCUCUCUGUUUCUCACUUUAUCACUGUCUCUCGUCUCUGCCUCUCCCUCUCUAUGUCUAACUCUCUUUCUCUCUGUUUCUCACUGUGUCACUCUGCCUCCCCCUCUCUCCUUCACUCCUUCUUUCCCUCCAACACCUUUCUCUGGACCUCCCUUUGCGUUCGUGCUUUCAUUGGCCCGUCGAUGAGACUGUGAUAACGCUGAAUUGUCAUACAUAACCAGUGGUGUAAUAGUGCUCCUAAAGUUUGACGCUCUGUACGAGUGCUGUUGUAUAUUUGUUUCUUGGAAAUGCGUGCGCUAUUAAAUUUCAUCCCAGUGUGCAAA